ACUUUUCUUCCUAGUUAUGAAUGCAAAGGCUUGUAUUUCUCCACUUGUAUUUCACAAUUCAUACAGCUAGAAAAGAGAGAUCUCUUUGCCCCAACAAACUGCUCUUGUUGUUUUUGCUUCCUUUGGCUUAUUUUACAUCUGUCCCUUCACUCUCAGUACUAAGCCCGCAAUAUCAAACAGUCCUCUUGCUGGCCUCUCUCUCUGAAAGCAGCUUACCGUGAUGAGAGAUGAUAGCACUUAAUUCACUGUGUGCGUGUCGCCCCUUUUGUUGGACGGGAGGGUGAAAAGGAAAGCCUGCCCCCUCGUACUCCUCCUCCUCUUUCUAUAAAGGGCUUAAAAGAAACUGGGUGAAAUUAAACAUUAUUGAUAAUUGGCUUUUGGAUCACGGCACAUUGUAUCCAUUUUGUACCUAUAUUUGGUCCUAAUUGACCAUGAAAUCUGGAGCCUAAUCCUGUAAGAGCGGCAGGUUGGUCCCGUUCCCCCAACUGACAGUGAUAAAUAGCAUCAGCCCACCUCAUGGUCCUCUGCACUUUGUAAGGCUAAAAUGCUUAUUAUUCUUUUCCCCCUUUAAUGGCUGUCAGUCUGCGGAAAAUCAUAAAUCUACAGAUGGAGUCACUGUGGCAGGAGUCUGGCGCUGAUGCCCUGGAGCUGAAUCUAUCAUGUCCUCAUGGAAUGGGGGAGAGGGGAAUGGGGCUCGCCUGUGGGCAGGAUCCAGAGCUGGUGCGGAACAUCUGUCGCUGGGUUCGGGAGGCUGUUCGGAUCCCGUUCUUUGCCAAACUCACCCCUAAUGUGACUAACAUCGUGGACAUUGCCAAGGCUGCACAGGAAGGUGGAGCAGAUGGCGUCACAGCCACCAACACGGUUUCGGGGCUGAUGGGACUCAAGGCAGACGGCUCUCCCUGGCCUGGCAUCGGCCGAGGAAGGCGCACCACAUAUGGUGGAGUGUCUGGAAAUGCCAUCCGGCCAAUCGCAUUGCGAGCAGUGUCCGCCAUAGCGAAAGCUCUUCCCGGUUUUCCCAUUCUGGCCACCGGAGGCAUCGACUCUGCAGAAUCCGGAUUGCAGUUCCUUCAUGCAGGAGCCACAGUGUUACAGGUCUGUAGUGCAGUACAAAACCAGGACUUCACCGUGAUUGAAGACUACUGCACUGGUCUGAAAGCCCUGCUCUACCUCAAAAGCAUUGAGGAGCUCCAGGACUGGGACGGCCAGUCGCCUCCUACAGCCCGCCAUCAGAAAGGAAAGCCUGUGGCCACACUGGAGGAAGUCAAAGGAAGGGUGAGAGCUGUUUUAAACUUCCCAGCUGUUUUAAAACGCCUUUUUACUAAUGAUUACCCCUCCCUGACUUUCCUCUCACGUUGUUUUCCUUAUUACAGUCCUCCGACAUCUUUAUAUCAAGUGUGUCUGGGCUGGUGCUCGCUGUUCUCAGGCUCAUCCAGCUUGCUACAGUUGCUGCAGGAAAAGAAGGAAGUGAUUGCCAACCACAAAAAGAAACUGAGAGACUUCGCUGACAACACUGUUUCCACCGAAGGAAUGAGAGUUUACACUCCCAAGGGUCCUGUGCCAAGAGUUAACGAUGUGAUAGCCAAAGCUCUUAAACACAUCGGUGCCUAUCAAGAGCUCAACAUUGAGGAGCAAGUGCAAGCUCUGAUCGAUCCGGAGAUGUGCAUUAACUGUGGGAAGUGCUACAUGACCUGUAACGACGCUGGAUACCAGGCCAUUGUGUUUGACCCCGAGACUCAUCUCCCCACGAUUCAGGACAGCUGCACCGGCUGUACUCUGUGCCUCAGCGUCUGCCCCAUCAUCGACUGCAUCAAGAUGGUUGCCAGGACAACGCCUUACGUACCAAAGCGAGGCCUCCCUCAAGCCGUGGAGCCCGUGUGCUGAGAGAAAUCCCAGACACACAAAAAAAAAAAAAAAAAAAAAGAUAAAAAUGUCUACAUCACAGCAUCGAAUUAACUCUGUAAUUGCAGUGUGAAGAAUUAACUUUGUUGUAGAGGGGGCAAAGCAAAUAAUUAGAUUUAAAAAACAUAAUUGCCUUAUUUUCAGGAGCCAAUUAUCCAGAAAUAAUCUUAGGGGGUGUAAAGCGUGGGGUUAUUUUGAAACAAUAGCGAGGCGAUUUGUCGAGGUGAAGUUCCUGCCUCUCUUUCUCUGAGGGCUGAUGGGAAUGAAUCUGAGCAGAGGGAAUGGUGGCUGUUUAUGCAGAUGUGGGACGACAGCGCUGUAUCCUUUAACAAGAGCCACAAUGAUGGAUGGUCCACUACAUCCAGAACAGAAUGCAAUCACAUAUACAAGAGCUGCUGAUGGGAAAUGAGGAAAUGAAUGGAUUUUAAUUGAAUGGUGGAUAGUUGAGCUCGGAAUCACACUCAACAUUGUUUUCCAUAACAUAUAAUGAUUAGAAAAGGUUUGUUUGAUGUUAUACAUGUUGUAUUGUAUCCAAAAAGCCAGUAUACUUCUAAAACUAAACCUGAAGUAUUAGUUACCCACUCUAAUUUCUAAUUGACAUUAAUUGCAUUUAUUUCCCUCUAAGCCAUAAUAACAAAUAUGGAUGAUUUUAAAUGCAUUAGACAUCUGGACAGGGUCAUUUAGAGAGCCGGGCUACCUCAGUAAUAUGCUGAACAUUUUGAGUAAAGGUCAUCUAUGACUAUUUCCAGACAUUAGAGAUGAAGACUAGCUGUUAUUCAUCUUGGACCCAAAAGGUCAAGUCUGACCACCUCUAUCUGAACAAAUACAGGGUCCAUCCAUACCACACACACAAGCCCCUAGCUCGCUCUUUUUGAUAUAAACGGUCAUACACAGUGAUGGGCCAUCAGGAUAACUGUGCACUUGUCCUCAACAAUGAUAAAUGAAUCUCACAAAAAAAAUGUCUUGGUCAUAUUUCAGCCCAAAAUCAAAAGAAAACAUAAAAUUUUAGCCCAUUACAUUACAAAAAUUCCAAAAUUUGUAUUGCAAUAACAACUAAAAAAUUAUUGGCCUCAAUUUCUUUUUUGCUGUUUAUUUAAAGCAGCAUUAAUAAAAUAAUGUAUGUAUGCAUUUAUAUAAGAAAAUAAUGUGUCGCAAUCAAAAAUAUUUCAGGUUAUAACUACUUUUUGUUAAUCUCAUGUCAUAUUUUACCUCAAAAAUGUAUAUAUAUAUAUAUAUAUAUAAUAUAUAUAUAUAUAUAUAUAUAUAUAUAUAUAUUCACACACCUGUAACACUAUCUAAUUUUUUGCCUAAUAAUUUACUAAUCUGUAAGCCUACUUAUAAUAUGAAUUUAUCUGUAAUUGCACACUUGUGAACUUGCAUAUUAAUAAAAAGUCUUGUUGUCAAUCAUAUUUGACUAGCACUAUUGUAAGCAAUUUCCUUAUGUACUCUAUUAAUACUGUAAUAACGUUUAGGGUUAAUAAGGGCAACCUGCAGAUCCACAACACGUGAAAAACAUUUGAAGGAGACUGAAAUAAUUGAGGUCUCACGUGUUCACCUACAAGGGUGGCAGUUCAUAUUUGUUAUGUAGAUGUCACGUAGUCUGUGUUGUUUACAGACGGGUGGAAGCCGAACGCUGCUGGCUGGUUUGAUUAGUCUCUGGGCAGAUCAGAGUCUGCCAAUAAAUCAGGUUCCAUUCUGAAAGCAGGCCCCGAGUCUCGGCUUCAGGGGUUACAGGUUAGUGUAAAUGUUUACUUCCUCAUUGGCUGGCUGGUGAGAUAAUUAGAAUGACAUUUUGCAUGGUCGCAGUGCAGGAUGCUUGGCGUGCACCCCUUCUCCGCUUGCGUCGUAGCGCACAUCAUUAAAAAUCAACAUGGCAUCAAUCUCGCACCAGUGGUGUGAACUCGAGGCCAGUGCAAACGAUAAUCAGUGCUGUAUUAAACCGGCAGCGGCACGUGGGGGUGUGCUGACGUGUCUCCUUUGUGGAGAUGACAAGGGUGCUGGCCUUAACACUCUCUUCAGCAGCCAGACAUUUCUAAAAAGUCCUUUCUGCUUGUUAAAGUACACGCUGAACAACAGCAUAAUUGUGCUUGUCGCAAACAAACGUAUUAAUUAAUGCAUUCUCCCGACUACGUGAGGAUGCGUAACUGCGUGGUCAACUUAUCAAGAUUCACAGGCGGUCACAGAAAUAUUGUUUUUGAAGUGUUAAGGUGAAUGGAAUAUUAAACAAUUUGAGAUUAAAAUCGUCUUUGAUA